AUGCCGUUCCUGGCUCAAAAAAAGCUGAGCGUCCCAACUAAAGAUCUGCUGUCGUGGAUUUUCGACGGUGCAGACUAUGACCCCGACAAGCCAAUCUAUAUCGACACCUCGAACCCCUCGCGAACACUAUCCCUCAACCACGGACUUGGCUUGGUCCGCAAACUCGCUGCUGGAUUCCGAGCGGCGGGACUCAACAAGGGGGACUGUGUCUGUGUCCACUCUUUCAACGAUAUCUAUUACUCGGUGCUGUUCCUGGGAAUCCUCGCCGCCGGGGGCGUCUUCGUGGGGACGAACCCUGCGUACACGCCUUUCGAACUGACACACCACCUCAAGACCUCGGGCGCAAAGUAUGUCGUGGUGGAACCGGAAUUGCUGGGAGGCAUAAAAGCCGUGGCGGGAGACUGUGGCAUCCCCGACGCCAACAUCCGCAUAUUCAACGUCAAGGACCAAGCCGUCCCGAGCGGGUUCCUGCCGUGGUCGGAGCUCCUGUGCCAUGGGGAGCGAGACUGGGAUCGCUUCGACAAUGAGGAGAUUUGCAGUACGACACCCGCGGCGUUUCUGUUCAGUUCGGGGACUACCGGGCUCCCGAAAGCAGCGGUGGUAUCCCAUCACAAUCUCAUCGCCGAGCAUACUCUUGCCGUGGCGCCGGAGGUGGUUCCCUGGAAGGUCCGACGUCUGUUGUACAUGCCCAUGUUCCACGCCGCCAUCGUGCCCAUCGGCCACACCACGCCUUUCAAAGCGGGCCACGAGACGUACGUGAUGCGCCGGUUCGAGAUGGACGAGUUUCUGCGCUCGAUCCAGGAAUUCAAAAUCACCGAGCUGUCCAUCAGUCCGCCGGUCGUGGUCAUGGCGCUGGCAAGUCCGCUGUUGCCCCGGUACGACCUCACGUCGGUGAAAUUGUGCAGGUCUGGAUCCGCGCCCCUGGGCAAAGUGCACCAGGGCGAGUUUGAGAAGCAUUUGGCCCCGGACGGCGUCUUCAACCAGGUCUGGGGCAUGACGGAGACGACGUGUGUGGCGUCCAGGUUCUGGUAUCCGGAGAAUGACUCGACGGGGAGUAUUGGGCGGUUCGUCUCCAACCUGGAUGUGAAGCUCGUCGAUGAGGAAGGAAACGACAUCACCGCGAUCGGAGCCAAGGGCGAACUUUUAGUGAGAGGCCCGAUCGUCACCAGAGGCUACUACAAGAACCCCGCCGCGAACAGAGACGCGUUUGACCAAGAGGGGUAUUUCAAGACCGGCGACAUCGUUUCCUGCGGAAGAGUCGCGGAGGACAACAACGGGAGUGAGAGUCAGGCUGACGUCGGAAAUAACAAUACCGCCCAAACCACGCAGGAGACGCUAGCCACGGUGAAAUGGUACAUCCACGAUCGCAAGAAAGAACUGAUCAAGGUGCGAGGAUUCCAGGUCUCGCCUGCGGAACUGGAAAAGGUCCUCUUACAGCACCCGGCCAUCGUGGACGCGGCGGUCAUCGGUGUCAAGGUCUACCACGACGCCACCACUUCGUCAUUGUCCUCUCGCGGCCUCGUCGACAGCGGCAAAGACGGCGAACAUCCUCGCGCCUAUGUGGUUCUGAGGCCCGGUAAGAGUGCAACCGAGGCGCACGUGAAGGAUUGGUGUGCGCAACAUUUGGCCAAGUACAAGGCUUUGACUGGCGGUGUGAGAUUCAUCGACGCCCUGCCGAGGAACGCCGGCGGGAAACUCUUGAAAGGUGUCUUGAGAGAGCAGGCGUCAAAGGAAGCUGGAUCGAGUGCAUCAGAAAUCAGGGCCAAGCUUUGA